UAUGCUGUGGAAAGGGCCGACACCCUCUUGUUGCCCAAUGAAAAGCUUUGCGUUCAGCAAGGUGUAAAUCCUACGCGAGUUGGCCUGCAAGCAAAGGGAGAUGUAGCAUGUGUGGGAGUCUUAGGCUUGCCCUGUCUUUGCAAAGGCUUUAGUUUAAGCCCUAACAAUAGUUACUCUAACAGUGGCCAUAGUGCAGUAGUGCCUAUUGAGUUGAGUGCAUUGAGUUCUCACCAACCUUGUUCUUUCUUUCUCCUCUGCAGCCGUUUGCAUCUCAACAAGAAAACCCCUGACAAGCAGCCCUACAGUAAGCUAGCUGGGGUCUCGCUUCUCAAGCCACUCAAAGGGGUUGACCCUAACCUGGUCAACAACCUGGAGACGUUCUUCGAGUUGGACUACCCCAAGUACGAGAUUCUCCUCUGUGUUCAGGAUCAUGAUGACCCUGCCAUUGACGUGUGCAAGAAGCUCCUGGGCAAGUACCCCAACGUGGAUGCCAGGUUAUUCAUAGGUGGAAAGAAAGUUGGCAUCAAUCCAAAAAUCAACAACCUCAUGCCCGGUUAUGAGGGGGCAAAGUAUGACUUGGUCUGGAUCUGUGACAGUGGAAUCCGAGUGAAGCCAGACACACUCACAGACAUGGCAAUGCAGAUGACUGAGAAGGUGGGGUUGGUCCACGGGCUCCCGUACGUCGCUGACAGACAAGGCUUUGCCGCUACACUGGAGCAGGUAUACUUUGGGACAUCACACCCACGCUCCUACAUCUCUGCCAAUGUGAUGGGGAUCAAGUGUGUGACGGGCAUGUCGUGCCUCAUGCGCAAGGACAUCCUGGACCAGGCUGGCGGGCUCAUCGCUUUCGCCCAGUACAUCGCAGAGGAUUACUUCAUGGCCAAAGCCAUCGCCGACAGAGGAUGGAAAUUCUCCAUGGCAACCCAGGUAGCCAUGCAGAACUCGGGCUCAUACUCCAUUGCACAAUUCCAGUCCCGCAUGAUCAGGUGGGCGAAGCUUCGCAUCAACAUGCUGCCGGCCACCAUCAUCGAGCCCAUCUCAGAGUGUUUUGUGGCCAGCCUGAUAAUCGGCUGGGCCGCCCACCACGUCUUCCGCUGGGACAUCAUGGUCUUCUUCAUGUGCCACUGCCUCGCCUGGUUCAUCUCUGACUACAUCCAGCUACGGGGAGUCCAGGGUGGGCCGCCAUCUUUCUCUAAGCUGGACUAUGCGGUGGCUUGGUUCAUCAGGGAGUCCAUGGCCAUCCAGAUCUUCCUGUCGGCGCUGUGGGAUCCCACCAUCAGCUGGCGGACCGGUCGGUAUCGGCUCCGCUGCGGAGGCACGGCCGAGGAGAUCCUGGACGUAUAACACCUCCCCACCAAUCACCAACACCACCACCGAUUCCCCCCCCCCCCAUACACACACACACAGCCCGAGGGUUGGGUGAGGGGCGGGGGGAGAGACUAGCCACAAACACACAUACACACACACACACACACACACACACACACACACACACACACACACACACACACACACAC